UGCACCUGGGUGUGGUCCUCUCUCAAUGUAAGGCACGUCACAUCUCCUGUAAAAAUUAAAUAAAUGAGAUACAAUUGACAUUUGCACAUCCGUCAAGCAAUGCUGUAAAAAAGGCUCUCAGCUGCUACUGUCAGGGUUGCUAAGCAACAGGAGCAGCGCGUCGUAGGCUAGACGAUCUCAAUUAAAGCAGCCUCGGAGAAGGAUGCAGCCCCUGAAUUGGGACACAGCUUUAGUACUCAAGGGCUCUGAUGGAUGUUAUCUUCAGGUGUGAUACAUAUAUGUCUGCAGUUAGCUGGAAGAUUUUGGUUUGACAAAUAUUUCAGUUACUGAAGCAACAAUGUCUUCAGUUCAGCAUUUGAGAGACUUUAUCAGGGAGAGACUAACUGCUACAGCUGAAGACAUCUCCUCUGAGGCUGAAAAAACGAUGGUCCAGUAUGAGGAGGAGAUCAGCCGUCAGCGCAGACUGCUGGAUAUCAGCCGGAAACCCGAGACAAAGUUACACAUGACAGCAAUCCCACAACAACAUGAAUGUAAGGAAGAGGAGGGUCUCCUCCAGCAGGUCUGCAUCCCUGCUCAGGAGGACCCAGUGCAUCCAGAGAUUAAAGAGGAACCAGAGGAACUCUACACCAGUCAAGAGGGAGAGCACCUUAUACUGAAAGAGGAGACUGAUACCUUUAUGGUGACUUCUACUUGUGAGGAAAGUGAACCAAACAGUGACCAGCUCCUUUCUCACAACUGUCCUGAACUGGAGAGCAGAGACGAGGAAGAAAGCACGUAUGUGGACUCAGGAUCGACUAGAUGUGCAGAUCUGUUGAGACAUCAAAUAGACAGAAGUCAUAUUAGCAGAGUAAAUGACUCUCAGGCUUUAGACAGCCAGUGUAAAACUGAUACAAGUAAAAAGUCUGUAAAAUGUGACACUUGUGGAAAAGCCUUUCAGUGUAAAUCCAACCUGACUAAACAUCUGAGAACACACACAGGUGAAAAGCCACAUUCCUGUAGCAUCUGUGGAAAAGGAUUUAGUCAGAUGGCAAACUUGAAAACUCACAUGAGAAUUCACACGGGCGAGAAGCCACAUUCUUGCAACACCUGUGGGAAGAGAUUCAGUCACAUGAUAACUUUGAAAACUCACGUGCAAAAUCACACAGGUGACAAGCCGCAUUCUUGUAGCACCUGCGGGAAAAGAUUCAGUCGUAUGAUACACUUGAAAACUCACAUCAGAAUUCAUACAGGUGAGAGGCCGCAUUCGUGUAGCACCUGUG